AUGGCAGUGAUAAUGACCGACUUGCCCGUGCUGGGCAGCCAUCUCUCACUUAUUUGGAUCAUUCCAGCUGUACUUCUUUCGUACAAGAUUCUUACCUUUGGCAGGAGGGAGAAGUAUCUUCCGCCCGGCCCGCCAACUCUUCCUGUCCUUGGCAACGCUCACCUGAUUCCCUCGAGGGGCUUGUACGCCAAAUUCAAAGAGUGGGCUGAUCAGUAUGGAUCGAUCUACUCCCUCAAAGUCGGGCAAAGCACCAUGAUUGUACUCAAUGACAGACAUGCCGUGCACGAACUGUUGACAUCGAAGGGGGCCUACUACAACGAUAGGCCCGUUGAUCAGCAAUUUCAACUCGUUAUGCGUGGUGAGAACACUUCUCUGAUGCAUGACGGCCCUCUUUGGAGAGCAGAACGGAAAAUCGCGGCUUCGUACUUCUCUCCAAAGAAUUUGGACACGGCCUUGAGGGGGGUUCAAGAGUCUGAGUUUGCUUACUUGAUGCACGAUCUACUGGAGAAGCCCGAUGAAUUUAUGGAGAAUGUGAAACGAACCACUGCCUCAAUCGCAAGUAUCACGAUCUUUGGCCAGCGCGCCACCGAUUGGAAUAGCUUCUGGGCAUAUGCCGUUUACAUUACCAUGGAUGCGGUUUCGCUCAUUCUAGAGCCUGGAUCCUACCUUCCGGAAGAGCAAUUUCCCAUUCUGAAACUUAUCCCAGAUCGGUUGGCCAAGUCAAGGCAACAAGGGAAAGAACUGUACCACACCAUCACAAACGUCUGGAAUAAAGCUCGCGAAGGUGUAGAUCUGCGGCGUAGCAAGGGUCUCAUGAGGGAGUCUCUUAUUGACAAGCUACUCGACGAAAAAAUCAAGUGCGAUGUGCCCCUUACUUACACAGGGCUCAACAAUUUCCUCGGAGGUCUACAAAUGGCAGCUGCCGACACAACGGCCACAGCAACGCUCACGAAUAUCAUGCUCCUUGCGAAACAUCCCGAAGUCCAAGAAAAAGCAAGAGUUGAAAUCGACAGGGUUUGCGGCGUGGAGAGAUUCCCCAACUGGACUGACUUCAAGGACUUGCCGUACAUCAAUUGCAUCAUCAAAGAGGGGUUACGGAUGAAGCCUGUGGUACCCACUGGUGUAGCUCAUGCAUCCAAGCAAGACCGGUGGUACGGCGACAUGUUCAUCCCAGCCGGCUCCACCAUCUUCAUCCCGGCCUACGCCCUCAACCACAACAGCGACUCAUCACCGGACCCUUUCACCUACAAUCCAGAACGCUACCUCUCUGUCGCCGACAAACUCGCACCAGAACUCGCUGCUUCGCCCAAGUAUGAGGAGCGAGAUCACUAUUCAUACGGGGCAGGACGGCGUAUGUGCGUCGGUCUACAUCUUGCAGAGCGCUCUCAGUGGCGCAUGGUAGCUCAGAUGCUUUGGGCCUUCAAGAUUGAGCCGGCGCUUGGUCCCGACGGAAAGCAGAUUGAACUCGAUUCAAGCCCCGACGGGUACGUAGAAGGACUCCUGCACACACCUAAGAAGUUCAAGGUGCGUUUUGUGCCGAGAAGCGAGAAGCAUGUGGAGGUUAUACGUAAUGGCUUCGGUGAGGUCGUGGAGUUUUUGAAGCAAUGGGAGUGA